AUGACUGUAUGUUCUCUCUUUUCUUUCCCACUUUCAGAAUACCAUCACGUUGUUGUUGCAAUUGUUGCGCUGAGAGAUCUGCCUCUCUUUCUCUUUCCUUGUUUCUGUCAAUCUCUCAUAUCUUUGUUCUCUUUUUUCCCCCAUCUCACUUUUCUUUUUACCUCCUUCUCCCUUUGCUGCCAACUUUUUCUUUCUCUUUCCAUCUAUUACCUUCUCUUUCUGUAUCUUACUUUUUUUUUCCUUUUUUUCCUCUUCACUCAUUACAUUUCUAGCUCUUCAUUCUCUUCAACAUUUUCUUCAAUAUCUAAUCCUCUUAAUUCUUUCUUCUUUGUAUCUGAGACUCUUUUUCUCUUCUUUUAUUCUCUCUCUUUAUAUUCUGUCAUCUAUUCACUCUCCCUCUGUACUGUUUUCUAUUAUUUGACUCUCCCUGUUUUUAUUCUUUUAUUCUCUUUUUUGUUUUCUGUCUUUUAUUCUUUUACACUGUCUCUCGGUCUCUCUUGUGCUUAUAAUUUCUAG